UAAUAAAUGAAGGGGGUGGCCUUCAUAACCCUCAGACGAAAUGCAACUUGGGCGCAGUUAAUUGAGGUGACAGGAAAAAGAGUUUGAUGUUUGACCAGUCUGAUCAAACAAACAGUUUUCCCCCCAAAAUUUAAUGCGACUGUAGUUUACAGCGAAGCAAGGGACAGACCGUUAUUUUCUGAGAGGUAGAGGAGGGGGAUGGGUAAUUUCACACACAAAAAAAUUCCUACACAGCAAAAACGGCAAGUAACGCAAUGAUGUUUCUUGCGUGACAACGUGACAUGCCAAAUAAAUGUACCACCACACUAUGCCUCGUUAUGAUGCUCAACACUUGAUUGUAACGCCUGGUGACAUUCAACUGGUGGCAAAUCGGAUAGUCGAGCGAUUCGUUGUGAUUUGAAGAAUUCAAGUUCAUUUUUCCUUUAAACCCUUUCCCAAACCGAAAGCAUGACAUUCUUAUGCUUGCGGUGAUGUUGUCGUGAUCUGGUGUCGCAUCAUUUGAUAUGAAAAGACGGCGGGACGAGCUAUAUCGCCAUGAGAUCGACCUGCCUCCGUCGUGUUCGAUUUGUCCUGUUUGUGGGACUUCCGUGUCAAAAGAAAACAUUGGCAUUCAUGUCGAAGAGCAUUUCACGCAGCCCUCCACAUCGUCUGAGACGAAUCGAUUCGAUGAUUUGGAAGUUCCUGGUUUCUCUGAUUCAGCCGAUUUUCGGGCCUGUACAUAUGGAAAAUGUCAAGACAUAGAUGGCAGAGCCAAGCAAUCUUGCUUAGAAGGACAGUCAGUAGUUGCCAGCACAGAAUUUAUACCAUUUUCCACAUCUGACUGGGAUGAUCACAUGUUUGCACACUCCUUGGAAGAUCAAUCCAUCAGUGAUGCAGCUAGUAGUAGUUUAUUGGGAGUCCCAUUUAACCAGCAGCAGCAAUAUGAUAUGCCAUUAUUGUACACACACAACGAUAGUGUACUGGCUCAGGAACUUGAAAAACAGGAGAUGGAACGACUUGAAAACCAGCCAUGUGAAUGGGAUGACCAUAUGUUAGCUCAAGCACUGGAAAGUGAACAAAGAAGAGAACAAGAAGAAAAAAGACUUCAGGAGGAAGAGGAGCUGAAAAAGCUCCAGGCAAUGUAUGGUAUGACCUCUACUAGUGGAUAUGCCACUCAGUACAGUCGGCAUUUGGAAAGAGACGUGGCAAGAAACAAGACAUCUGUGGGCGAUUACUAUGCCAGGAAAGCAGAAAUGUUGAAAAUUCUUAUGACUGACAAUGAUAGUGGAGAAUCUUGUACCAGAGGGAUCAUUCCUCAACUUCAUCAUCGAUAUGAAAUGGGAGUCAGUGGAACCAAGGCAGCCUGGCUUGCUAUAGACACUGAUCAUUAUGCCAGUACUGUGGGUGACGCUGGCUGGGGAUGUGGCUACAGAAAUCUGCAAAUGUUAAUUUCUGCGCUUUUGAGGAUUGAUGUCUACAGGCCGGUUAUGUUUAGCGUUGGGGAGAAAGUUCCAUCCAUACCAAGAAUUCAGCAGUUUAUUGAGUCAGCAUGGACUAGUGGGUUUGACAGACAGGGUUCUGAACAGCUUGGAUGCAAACUAAUCAACACCAGGAAAUGGAUUGGAGCUACAGAAAUAGCAGCUGUCUUGAGAUCACUUCAGAUGAGAGCUAAGAUAAUUGACUUUCACCAAGCAACUGGUUGUGAUGGCACGCACCCAGAGAUGUUUUCUUGGAUAAAGCGGUAUUUUAGCUACAGCAUCAACUCCACUGUACUCCCUGCAGGCUCAUCGGUCCUCAGACAGACUUCUGUUCCUCCUCUAUACCUUCAACAUCAAGGCCACAGUCGGCUGGUGAUUGGGGUCGAGGAGCACUCUGGGAAGGAUGGUGGUUUGUAUCUUCUGUUGUUCGAUCCUUCACAUUCUGCCAAACAGAUGCAGGGUCUUUUAGAAGACAUUCAAAGCAGCAGCUCCGGGUUACGGCACCUGCGGCGAUCCCUCAAGCAAAUGAGGUGUAAGCAGUAUCAGAUCGUAUAUGUGGAGGGGAUCAUGGACCCCCCGGAAAUGGAACAGAGUAAAACCUUGCAUUCUGUGAGAGUCCCUUGAGUUAAAGAAAUUAAUGUGCAGAUUAUCCGGGGGUACAGCUCUCAUAAGCAGUUUCUUUCGCGUCGUACUGUUAUAACUUCGGCUUCAUCGUAAUCGAGGUUCUCUGGUAGUUGUAGAAUUCUGGUGUUACAUUUGACUAGAAUCCUCUCUAAGAAUUUUUCUGUUGCGUCAUUGGUCAAGCGCAAUCAUGUGGUACACCUCUAAUGGACAGUUAUCACAUGAUAGUCUCAGAGAAACGCCUGCAUGGCAUUUCCUGUUCACGUGCUCCGAACCAACAAAAAUCGCCAAAAAUGACUUGAAUCUAUAAACAAAGUUUAAGGUUAGUCUUUGUGAGCAGGAAUUUCCUUGAAGAGUUCUCUCACUACAGUCAAAUAUCAUAACUAAACUGUUGACUGUAAACAUUUCGCCCAAUAGCAUUAAAAAUCAGAUUAUACCGCUAAAAGAAAUUGACGUGUAAAUUGUAAGUAUAUAGAGUUACAGGCUAGAGUUACAGUGAAUAUUUAUGUACCGUUACUUUUCGGUCAAGUUUUCCGGAUUAUGCUGUUUAAGCCAUCGGUGAGCCAAUUAAAAACCAAGUAAGUCUGAAUGAUGCAGACAAAAAAAAUUCAAAAUACCAGCUAGUUGUAGGUGGCGUUGUUGGCUCGCUGAGUGGGUGAUGAGUUUGAAAACCAACCAAAAAAUGACAAAAACAAAUUAAGGGUACGUUCCUUUGGGGUGAACUGGAUCAGGAUCAGUG